UGCGCUAUCAGACAUCUAGGCCUACUAUAGCAACGCAGUUCGACUGUUGAAUGGUUCACUAUCUGCAGUAUGUUUGACCUGUGAUUCAGUGCCAAGUAUGAGUGGAACAUAACGACAGAUGGUGUACUUUGUGCUGCACGGAUCCGUGUAGCGCAUUCAAACAACGUUACUUCAAGCAUAGCUGCAUUAUUGCACGGACACAGCACUCACUAAACGCGGAACUAGAAGGUAAAAAAGAAACAUGGCGCGUUGCAUGUUAGCGGUUCUAGUGGUCGCUGUGGCAGUUGCGGCGUACCUGGCGCUGCUACCGGUACCUGAGGAUGUAGCUGAUAGUCCAUGGACGAUAAAAGUUGCAGCAUUCAAAUUGAGAUUCUCAAUUUUCUGGAAGCUUGUUCUACCCACCGGCAUCAACGACUGGCUGGACGAGCGAUCCAGAGCAAAUGCACGGGCAGCCGGGCCGCGCGUACCGUACACAGACACGGUAUUUGACCGGGUACCGGUCCGGAUAUUUGCCGAUGAGCCAGCGGGAGGGAAGACCGAUAAACGGCCGGCCAUCGUCUACUAUCACGGCGGAGGGUGGAUACGAGGAAGCGUAGAUAGUUACCAUCCUGUCACGGCGCUAAUGGCGAGAAAUCUUAACUUGGUCGUUGUCUCUGUCGAGUAUCGUUUGGCGCCCAAAUAUCCAUUUCCCACGCCGCUAGACGACUGUUCAGCUGCUACAGUCUGGUUCCUGAAGCACCUCGGCGACUUCAACGUCGAUCCUGCCAGGAUUGCUGUCAUGGGCGAUAGUGCUGGAGGGAACCUGGCUGCAGCGAUGGCACAACGAUUCACCUUUGACCCACAGUAUCGAGAUCUGCCCAAGCCUAAGCUGCAAGUCUUGAUCUAUCCAGCCUUGCAAGCCUUUGACUUCUACACGACGUCUUUCCAGCAACUUGGGGACCUCAAGACAUUGAUAUUAGACCGACUUUACGUGGCCUAUGCAUGGGAUCUGUACGGUCGCGGUAAGAAGGGGCAAGGUAGCUCCUUGAAGGCGAUGAUGCAUAACAAUCACACAUCAUCUGCUGCCAAAAAAUCGGCCUUAGUCAAAAAAUGCCUUUCCCAUGAUCUCAUCCCGGAUGAGUUCAAACAGACUGGUUACGAGGUACCCUCAACCGACUUCGGGGAUGAAGACAUCUACAAGGAGAUCAAAGACGUCCUCUUGAAUCCAGACUUCGCUCCUCUCAUGCGAGAAGACCUGAGAGGACUCCCAGAGGCUUACAUCCUGACCGCCGAGUAUGACGUCUUGAGAGAUGACGGCAUCAUGUACGCCAAGCGACUGGAGAAGGCCGGAGUGCCGGUCACUUGGAAGCAUUACAAGAAAGGUUACCACGGCAUGUUCAGUCUAGACAACCAUCCAUUGCCUUCUUCUCCAGUGGGCGACAAAAGUGUCUCUGAUUUUAUUCAAUUUGCGAGUGAGAAUCUUUAAGAGUGUCUGUCUUUCGUGGUAAUCACCCACAUUGUUCAUGAAAAUAAAUACUCAGUUAUGAAUACAUAAUUUUGUUUUAUUGAAACAAAAAACACAUGAACGGCCAAUUUUUUAUCCGCAGUGUAGCUUUGAAAACGUUAUCAAAUAACAAUUUCAUCAGAUUCUUUAUAGAUUUUUAUUCUCUUUAGUAUGAUACUGAAAUAUAAUCUUGAACCUAGGCAUUCAUUCUGGACGCAACCUAUUUGCUGAAAUGAUUUGGAAAAGUACAAUAAUAUGUUUUAAGUAUUGAUGUCCUUCAUUCAGAAAUAAAAUGUUCUUUGGAAAAACAA